UCUUAUCUAUGGUCUGUACUAAACAAUAAAUAAUAGAAAACGUAAUGUAAUAAUUGUAAAGUAACUUACGAUUAUUCUUCUAAGAUUAUAGUACAAAUAAUGGUGAUUAAUUAUUAACAAAAAUCUUAAAGAGCUGCGUAAUUCAAAGAUGGAAGACAGCAUAUUAGAAGAAGUUAUGAAUAUCUCCAAACUAAAAGUGCCAGACUUGAAAAGAGAAUUGAAAGCUAGAGGUCUAAGUACAUCUGGAAACAAACAAGAAUUGUUAGAAAGACUGCAGUCAGCAUUGAAAAUUAAAAUAGAUGAUGCUGCCAGUGCAGCAUCUGCAGAUGAUUUAGAUGAAGACUUAUUGAAUGAUGAUGAUUUGGAUCAUGAACCUAUGGAUGGAUCUGAGUCCGUUUUAACAGAUAUUGAUGCUCAUUUAGAUGAAAAUAUAACACCCCCUACAGCAUUAAAGAAAGACAUCUCACAAGAAAAAGUCAUAAGUAAUGAACAAUCAGAAAGUAAAGCAAAAAAAGUAGUGCUGAAAAGAAAUUCAUCAGCUUUGGAAGAACAAUUAGAAAAUCAUGAAGUGCCAGAAGAAAAAUCAGAUACGAAAGAUAAAAAAAUUUUAAAGCUAUCACAGUUAAGUGUUAAAGAGAGACUGGAAAUGAGAGCAAAAAAAUUUGGAGUCCCUUUAACAGAUGAAGCAAAGAAAGCUGCAAGAUCACAAAGGUUUAGUAGUAAUUCUUCAUCUUCAACAAAUAUUUCUUCAAUAUCACAAGAGAAUGACCCAGUCAGUUUAGAUAUACUUAAAAAAAGGGCAGAUCGGUUUGGUGGAUCUGUUUCAACCGUAAUGUCAACUUUAGCUCAACAAGAAAGAUUGGAAAAAAGAAAACAAAGGUUUGGAGUUGUGACAAGUGUAAAUGGCUCAACAUCCCAAAGUGAAAAGGCUAAACAAAGGCUGGAACGUUUUAAAAUGUCUGUUUCCUAACUUUGAUUUUGAUAGUUGUAAGGUUCAAAUGAUGGUUUUUAAUUCAAAAUUGAACUAAUAAUUUAUAAUAGUGACUUCAUUAAACAUCAUUUUGUUUACUAUUUAAGACACCAUAAGUAUAACAGUUAAUUUUAAAAGUACACUUUCCUUUUUUUUUAUUUGUUACUGAAUGCUAAUCAUUAUAUUUUGUAUUGUUUAGCAAUAUGAAAUGUAGUCUUGAUUUCUAGUAUUUUUUGUACUUUAGUUUUGAAUAAAUAAGUCAGAUGAUGAA